GUUUAUCUGCUUUCCUUUCUGACUUUAUCUGACAUCCCACCACCUUCUAUUUUUCUCUCUCUCUCUCUCUCUCUCUUUUCUAAAAUGAUCUUAUCUCCAUCUUUUUUUCUGUUAUUUCUUAUUCUUAUUCCUCACCAUAUUUAGUAAAGACUAAAGAAGAAGAAAGUCUUGUCAUUUCACCUACUCUAUAGCUCUCAAACCUGACAAUUUCAUCAAUUAAAAAGGGUCAAUCAAGGACCGGAAGUCAUCAUCGAUUAAUUAUUACUCGACCUGUUAUUACCUAAGUAUUAAAUCCGUACCCCAUUUUUUCCGAGCAACAUGAAGCCCCGGAAUUUCAAUCUUGAAUCCGAAGACGAGUCGGAAGUCAGCAGCAGCCAAGUUGCCUCCAACAUUUCUGCCCAAGAAAUUUCUCCCGAUCCGUAUAAGGACAGCACGACCAAUUCGUCCUGCCUAACCAACUCCCUCAAUCUUCAGCAGGAGUCAGAGCCGGUUACUCUUGAGUUGACUCUCGGCUUCAAUGCCGAGUUGAAGGGCAAUCCCGAGAAUGGCAGUGAAGUAGUGCCGGAUCCUCCAGGUGCACGGGUAUCGAGGAUAUUCUCGUGCAAUUUUUGUAAGCGCAAGUUUUAUAGCUCGCAGGCGUUGGGAGGGCAUCAAAAUGCGCAUAAGAGGGAGAGGACUCUGGCAAAGAGGGCGAUGCGGAUGGGAAUGUUAUCUGAGAGGUAUGCCAGCUUGGCAUCUCUCCCCCUUCACGGGUCUCCAUAUCGAUCUCUUGGUGUUCAAGCUCAUGCUUCCGUGCACCAACGAGUCUCACAACAACAAGAAAGGCAUAUGCAAAUGCAUGCUAUUAGAGGCGGGGCAAGAUUCGAACAAGGCUAUUUCGGGGUGCCAGUAUACAUGGAGGAUGAUGAAGUGGAGAUGUUUUGGCCUGGUAGCUUCCGGCAAGUUGACAGGGUCGGUAGCAAUGUGGGGCCCAAUAUAAAUUUUGUAUCAAUGGCUCCACCACCUAGGACAGAUCAACCAUCAUUGCCUGAUCUUAAUUUGAAACUUUGACACUAUUCCCUUCACAUUUCUAUAUCUAUUUUGGGUUCCUUCUUUUCCAAAACGCGGUGUAUACAAUCGUGCUGAGGAAUGUUCAAAUGGAUCUUGAGGAUAGCAACAUCCAUAGUAGUGGCUGGUCACUACCAGUUUUUGUAGAAGCCUCGGUGUCUGCAGCCCCUGUGCACGAGUGCACCAUGCACCGUGCACAAUUCCGAGCACCAGUGGAUGUGUUUGUGCACUGUGCACCACUAUAACGAUUCUCACACCAGUGCAGAUAUUGCAAGAGAAACUACUUAAAAUUUGUACUACUUUUAGCCUGAAAUCCCUCGUAUGACUUAAUUAUAUUUUAUAACACUCACCCUUGAGUUGGAGCAUAUAUAUUUGUAAUGCACAAUUUAUUACGAAGGUAUACCACUCGAAUUUCAUAUAGUGGUAAUGUCUUUAUGAAGUGAUGUAUGAUCAACCCCUUUCUUUUACUCAA